AUGGGUCGGGCACACCAAUCACAUCGCUCAAGUGCGAACACGUUCGCCUGUUCAGACGUGAAAAUUCAGAUGCGUCCAACCUGCGUUGGUGGGGUAGUGUUUACAUGCUCUCCUCGCAUGUCAGAUGUCCGGGGUUCAAAUAGGAGCGAAACUCGAGUCCACUGUUUCCCUCUGGUGUGGACUCACCAGAAUAAUUACGCCAGAACGGGAAGACGACCGUUCAAACGAAAGCGGUGUGACUAUGAGCAGAAUGAAAUAAAAUCAUCCGAAUAUGGGCGGAUUUGUGUAGACAUUGUGGACGAAACAGUUCACUUAGUAAUACACUCAUUUGCAAAUCAAUUUUGUUUUCACGAGAGACUCAACGAAACCUCUCGUAGAAAUGUAACGGAUGCUGGGUCAACCUUCUGCAAUACACUGUAUUUCGUUCACGUUGCGAACCACAAACCUGCCCAAAAACAAGCACUGGUAACCUCCAGGCGUACCUGA